UUAUCAUACCCAGACAUCAUAGGCCAUUGUUCGUCUUGACCCGGGAACGGUGUUUUUCAACAAUCAGAAGGGUAGAAGGCUCAGCAUGGAUUAGGGGAAAAAGCCAAGGACAGACGGAGGAGGGAAAAGAAUAUAAGAAGAAGAAAGGCAGGAUCAAGCACAAACACACAAGGAUACCUACAACAACCAUGAAGUCAUUCGUGUUCGUAGUAGCAGUGCUAGUAGCCAUGAUCGCCCUAGGCGAAGCAGGCUAUUUCGGAGGAUACGGCGGCGGCUACGGAGGAAGUGGCUACGGAGGAAGCGGCUGGUCUAGAGGAUACAGUGGAGGAGGCUACUCCGGCGGUGGUUGGAGCGGCCGCAGCGGAGGCGGCUACGGAGGAUGGAGGAGGGGCGGAUACGGAGGUGGAUACGGCGGCGGCAGUAGAGUCGUCGUAGUCAGGCCGAGCUACUCCAGCGGAUGGUCCGGCGGUUACGGAGGUGGUAGGGGAUGGUCUUCAGGAGGAUACGGCGGCAGCGGAUGGUGGUAAGCCGGAUUCAGAAAAAAAGAUAAAAGACAUACCUGGGCUAAUCUAAUUAAUGUAAAUAACCAUCAAAAAAUAUUUUACUUU